GGGAGGCAUACGAAAUUCGACGUCAGUCUAGCGCGAGCCACGCCGAGAUUCGGACGAUAUGAGUAUGUGCAAGGUGUUGCGAAAAAUUUUUCCGUCUAUUAACAUUCGUUCGCGUCAUUGACAUCAUUGAAUUUCUUCCUCUCUUUCUCUAUUUCUUUUUUCCCCUUCCGAGCGUUUGGUAAGGGUUAAACCGUUGUCCGUAGGGUAUCAUCUAUGAUAGGUCGGCGAAAAGAGUGUUCGUUAGCAUUAAUAUGACUCGUAACAUGUGAGACAUAAAAAGCGCGUAAAGCUUAACGAGCCCGGUGUGUACGCGAGAGAGAAUAGAGAGAUAGAGAGGGAUAGAUAGAUAGAGAGAGAAACAGAAAGAGAGAGAGAGAAUCUCUGAUGCGAUACUAGCGAAUUGCGCGGCGAAUAUCAUGAACUACGAACUCUUGGAGGAGCGAAGGCGUCACGAUAGAAGAGUACAAGUUGGAACGACGACGAGGUGUAAUCGAGAAUCAUCUAUACUGAAUAUUUUCUUCUCUACGUUACUGCCGUUCUCAUCGACAGUCGUAUCAUCGGUAUCAUCGCUGUCAUCGUCGCGAUACACGUGAAAGGAGAGGUACGUCUAACGGCGCGAAGUGUGCCGCGGGCAAGCAGCGCGUGUCGUACUGGCGCUGGAAGAAGAGAAGCGAGGGGAAGAGGUGGUGGAGGUAGAAGUGGUGGUGGAGGAGGAGGAGGAAGAGGAAGAGGAAGAGGAAGAGGAGGAGGAGGAGGUGGAGGAUGAGCGCCAGAGAAGUCACCCUCCUUGGUGGCUCCCCUUGGGGCUUCCGAAUGCACGGAGGACGUGACCUGCACCAACCCUUACGGAUCUCUAGAGUAAAUCCGGGUAGUAAGGCAGCUCAGCAGGGGGUUAGAGAGGGUGACUUAAUUAGUAGUAUAAACGGCAAAAGCACUCGGGAACUGACAAAUAGCGAGGCUCACGCUCUACUACGUAAUGCAGGCGAUCAUUUGAAGCUUGGUUUGAAUCAAGAGAAUAUUGGCUCACCGAAAAGAAGAAUUUAUAAGAGCAGCCUCCAAGAGAAUACAUCGACCGAAACGUUGAAAAAAAUUACAACGAAGACAAUAACCACUUCGAAUACGCGGAUUAUAGCGACCGAAGCGAGAAAAAACGGCACAGAUGACACUAAAAACGAUCAAAGCUACGUUAAUCAGAACGGUGGCUUGAAGAGCUCGACGAUCGAUCAACGUGUAGACACUAAGAAAGGAUAUUGCGAUUCCUCGGGCUACGUCACAGACGGUGAAGUUAACAAGAUGCCUUCUCACGGCUCACGCAAUCGCAGAAACCGCAGAAAUCGCAACAGAAAACGAUCUCAACGUCCACCGACUCCUGAUGGAUCGGCAAAACUCGAGGAAAUCACGACCGAUUGUGAAAUCGUUGACGAGUCGAAUACGAACGACUCCGUUUCGGAGAAUGCCAAUUCGAGCAAGGAAAAUAUCGACGAUUCAACGAUCACGAUCGAGGAGGAAGACGAUGGUAUCGACAAAUCAAGAAAUUUUAUCAAGGCGAAUAAAUUGGAAAUAAAGAAAGAAGAAGUUGAUACGAAAAUACGAAUGAUCGAGAUCAGUACGAUCAGUAGUUCGCCUUUGGAAGCAUCGAUCGAUUACAUACCGGGUGUUGGAAUUUUAGAAACUGGUAAUAUGGAUAGAUUGAACGGUGACAGUCCUUCGAUAAGAGUCGACGAACCUUUGGAUUUUAUGGUACCAUUAUCCGAUAGUGUCAAUUCUAAGGUUAAGCUUCUCGAAGAGGAUACUUUUACAAUUGAAAUGAAAAAGACGAAGGAGAGUUUAGAAAUGGAAGAUUCAGGACCUAUCAUAACUGAAUUGGAAUCGGACGUUGAGAAGGAUCGAUUUGAACGAUUGCACGAUGAUAAGGUUGGAAAAAAGUCGAGAUUAAAGUUGAAUAAUUCUCAAGAAGGUAAGAUAGAGAUGAAGGAUAACGCGAUGUCGAAGGAGAUUGAAAGGAAAUUGCGAAAUUUUAUCGAGGACUUGAAAUUACCUAGUUCGCCGGAGAAAGAGGAUCACAAAGUGGAGUACGAGAGGGCCGGGAACAUCACGAAGAAAAAGAACGCAGAGAAACGGGCCAUUUUGGAAUCUUAUUAUCAGUCUCAGGCGGCUAAUAGAUUCUUAGAUAUAAUUCAGGAAGAAGGAGAGAAAUUAUCAGGUGACGAAGAACAGCACAUCAGAGAUUUCAUUAACGAGGAGAUUGGAAAAUAUCGAAGAGCUGAAUGUAAACGUAUUAAUGAGGUAACAGAAGACGAAGAAAACGAGGAUGAAUUUUUAGAUAAUGCAAAAUUUACCGCGGUAAAUAUAAUCGUGGUCGAUGAGGAGACUAUUGCUAAGGAAGGAGGUUUUAGUAAAAUUAAUGAAAAAUCUGAAAUAGUGAAUGAGGAAAAAUCGAUUGAAACAUUAAACGAUAAUAAGAACGUACCCAUCGGAAAUACGUCCGAAGAAAUAGCAAAGGUGUUAAUAAAAGAUGAAAAAAGUCGAGUUUCUAUUUCGGAUAAUGAUGUUUCAAACGAUGCUAAGUCCAAAGAAUUCGAGGGAAACCUUUCGUGCAAAAAGAUACAACUCGAAAAUUCCGAGAGAAACGAUCAAGUUAAUAACGCGAUUAUAUUCGACGAGAGACUUAAUGUAAAACGAGAAGACGAGGAAGAAAAAAUUGUGGAGGAAACGUUGGACGUAGAAGUUCCUGAAACGAGGAUCUUUAUCGAAUCGAAUAAACUGCAAGAAAUUUUACAAGUGGAUGAAAUAAGAAAUGAUGACUGCGAAGAGAAAAGUCGUCGUUUAACGAGUGCGGAGGAAGAUGAAAAUAUCGAGAAAAAUGAAAUGAAGGAGAGGAGCGAAGAGAUCGAUAAAGUAGAGAAGGAUGAAACUAGAUACGAGGAUAAAAAUGGAGAAGAUGAUAUAAACGUCGUCGAUGUUUUCGAGAUCUCUAAGAUAUCGAAAGAAUUCGAUUCCAACUCGAUCGAAUCUGACGAAGAAGACGAUCGUGUCUUGGAAUCGUCAGAAACGGGUUUUGAAACGUUAAUGAAAAAUGAAAAUAAAUCGAAAAUGAAGGAGACGCGUACGCCAGACGUGCCACCGAGGGGAUCUUCUAACUUUUGCAUUCAACGCGAAUCCUCUGGUUCCUUAUCAGAAGAAAGUAGUUUCUUUAACGCUCCAGUUCCUCCGGCUCGAUCCUCCAUGAGGGAAAUAAAGGAAAUCGGGGAAAUACCGGAGCGUCCGCCGCUUCCUCGUGAUGUGCAACGUUUUCUUGAUGCGACCACUUCGAUUCGAUGCGAGUCAACGAACGGAAAUAUCUUUGUUAAUUUCGAAGGUACGGAGGAGAGGUCGAUAAAUGAGAAAGGGGGUUCGGAUCCCAUCAAUGACGGCGGUGAUUCAUUAAAGAUUCCGACACGUGACUCGAACAAGAUCUUUGCUGAUGAACCGAGGGAUGCCAAUUUGUGCGCAUCUUCCAAGAGCGACGUCUUAUGUAACGACAUCGAAAACAUCGAGCUUGGCAAUGAAGAGUCUCCUGAAAUAACCGAUGACAAGUUGUACGAACAGGCGCCAGGAAAAGAUAUAGAUUUUAUCGAAGCUACGACGACCCGUCCGAACGGUCGACGAGCACGAAGCACAGAGGAAAUAACGAUGGACGGUAACAAGGAAAUCGGAUCAAAUAGGAUCGAUACGAGUGAUGGGAGAUCCAUUACGAAUGAGUCUACGAGUUCGACAAAAAUUCUCGACGAUGGAACCGCCGAGAUACGUGAGAAGAAGACGAUCACCGAGAAAACCGAAAUAAAGGUAGUCGAGGAACACCUGAGAGAUUCGAAUAUUUCUAAAAAAUACAUGAACGAAGAAAGCGCGGAGAGGUCAAGAUCGGAAUCCAAAAGAGAUGAAAGUUUCGUGGAAUGCAAGAACUCGGCGAACGUGGGCGAAUCCUCGCCUUCGGAUUCGAAAGAUAAUACCGAAGAUUCGACGCUACUUUCGACCGAUGGAAAACACGGAGAUGAAUUUGUAACGUCUCAGAAUGAGUUUCAAGGUCAAGACUCGUCCAGUAGCGCUGCCUCCGUGAGUACGGUGAAAUACGUUCCGAUAGAGUCGCCGUCUCUCAACGACGUUUCUUCGAUAAUCAGAGAGGAAGAGGAAAAGAAUAAACGAGGAAUCAAUUCGUCGAAUCUGAAGUGCAAGCUGUCUUUGUUGAGAUCCGAAGAAACGAAUGGUUCGAAGAACGGCGAUGAUAUCGAAUCUCCUCAACCAAUACCUUAUUCUCCGAUAGAAGACCUUUAUUACGUUCCUCUGGACGACGUGGAAACAUUGACUUUUCAUCCGGCUUCUUUAAAGGAUCUCAGCCUAAGAAAGAUCCUCUCGAUGCCGUACGGCUUAGAGAUAAUUCGACAGUUAACGGUCUAUAAGCUUAACAUAUUCAAAGGCUUGCAGAACAUUCGAUCGUGCGUUAACAAUGUAGAAAGUAUCGAGGCUGACGACCGUCAUCGAUUAAACAAGCAUGGUGUGUCUGACGCUGCGAAUGAAUUAGCUUGGCUAACGUUACGAUAUCGCGAUUCAAAGACACCUGAUAGAAACGAAAACGUUGUUUCAGACCAGGUAGACUCCUCGAGAAGAUAUCAAGGACCGGUUGAUAUAUCCGAUUUUUAUGGUCAAGUUUUAAAAUACGGAAAGAUGAACGAAGAGGAUCAAGUACCAUGGUUGGGUGUAUCGACAUCGAGAGAUCCACGAUUGUUGCUAUGUUUGUCGCCUUCUCAACAAAAGACGUCGAUAAAAACGAGUCCCGACAGAUUGCUCGAUCUACAUACGAAAUUUUUAAAUCGACGAAGUUACAACGAAUACAUCGAACCGCAACGAGUUUCACCGACGAAUUAUCGUGUGAUAAUAAGACAAGAGGAUGAUUCUCAGGAUAGACCUUUGGGACUUUUAAAUAUAAUCAAACGUAACUCCUCGUGUACUUCCGAAAAGAAACCGAGGGCCGUUAAAUCUAAAAUCUUUACUCCGUCUAAUGUAGAUGGUCAGGAACGUCUGAAGGUCACUCGUUUAUGCGAUUGGAUGAAUUUAGCGAGAUACGAAUCGAACGAUAACGAUGAACGUUCGAGAUUCGUUCGUACGAAAGAGCCCUCUUCGUCUUUGUUAGCCGGCGAACGGACGGCUAGCGACGAUAAGACGACGACUGCCGGAACGAUGACGAUGACGCCAAGUGGUGGUAGUCGCGGUCAGUACGGUUUCGUUGCUAAAGACUCGAGAACGUGCGACGGAUCGAUCGUCUCAACGAAUCUCUCUACGAAGAAUCGACAUUCGCCGAUGAACAAGAGUUCUAUUACGUUGAAUAGCGCGAUUAUCGAUAAAAAUGUUUCGCCGGAAGUCGAAAGAAAAACACCACCACCCCCGAAAAGAUCUAUCGAGCCUCGUUACAACGUGAAUCCUGCAUUGAUCGAUGACAGAGUCGAAGUGCCACCUAGAACGAAAAGAAUCGUUACCGUUGAUAAAUCUUGCAUCGACACAACAAGUAUUUUCGAUCAAAAUCCACCGAGGAACCAUUUGGAGGCUAGGAAACGGCAGGACAAUGCUGAGGCCUUGAAAAAGCUUACCGCUACGGAGAUCGUUGCGAACAUGAAGAGAUUACAGAAGGAGAACAAUUUGAUGGAACAAUUAGAUCCUGGUCGAAGAAAGUACUCCUUACCGGUGGAAUAUUUCGAUCAGCAAUUAAAAUAUAUAGAGAUGUUGGAGAAUCAGCUGAAAAACGUGAUAUUAGCGGAGGAAGAAGAGAAAAAGGCUUUCGAAGAGUUUCAAUUUCACGUGGGACAGAAAUAUCGUGAGGAACCGAAAAAAGCGAGGAAAGAUGUUUUUACGAGAAAACAAACAAAACCUGAAAACGAUAGUAAAGUUGAGAACGAGUCCUGGGAAGAAAAAUCGCAGGACGUUACCGAGAAUCGUUCGGAAAGUAUUCAGAAAACUGGUAAUCGUGACUUUUGUAAGAAAACUCACGACGAAAAUGGUGUACACGAGGAAGAAACUACCGAGAAGAUCGAACGUAGCGAGCAUCGAGUGAUCACGCAAAGAGGAGGAGGAGGAGGAGAAAAAGGAGGAAGUGGAGAAGGUGGAGGAGAUCCUUUUAAGGAGAAGAGUAAACUUUCUGUUGGUAAUUGCAAGGAAAAGAACGGUUUUCCCGAGUGCAAAACUGACAAAAAAGAUUUGGGAAAAGUAAUGAAGAUCGAUAUUACGAAUUCUAAUGGUGCGAUGAACGGCGGCGAAGCUUUUCGGCAAAGAAUGUACGACGAGUACGUUCACAAAGUUCUUGAAAGGGAAGAGAGAAAGCAUCACAAGGUCGUGAAGAUCAGUUUACACGAUGACAUACGUAAAUCGGAAUCUAAGAUGAAAAACAUGAGCGCUAUGGAGAAGGAGUUCAUCGAGAAGGCAAAAAACAGAUUGAACAAGUUCGGUAUCAAGCUUGACGAGAGCGAACCAGAAUCUGAGAACAGUGCUGAGAGGAGUCAAGAGGAGGACACCGUUGAGGCUAGAUGUUUGAUCGAUGGAAAGGAGAUAGGAGAUCGAAGAAAAUUACCGAAACAUCUUCGAGAGUUCUUGAAGAUCUCGAUGAAGGAUAUUGAUCAGGAUGAUAGAACACGUGCCUAUGGUAUCGGUGGAAGGGGUAAAUACAAUGAAAACGAUCUACUACACGAGAUCGACAGAGCUUUGGUAAUCGGCAAAGGAUUUCUUCUUCGCCAAGAGAACGUUAUGUUCGCCCCAACGUUUAAAGCCUCAUCAGCGAAACCAGGAGUUUGGUCGCCAGGAAGCGAACCACCGGCACCACCAAAGGAACCGAGUCCGGAUCGUACAAAGGAUUCGCAAAAAGAUGGUGGAAUACCGCCAGUCUGGACUCCAUCCAGCGCAGGAGCGAGUCCUGUGCCAGAGAGGAAAGAGUUUCGUCCGGUACAAUUCGAAAGCCCGAUUUUAAGCAGAAAGAAAAAAUCCGAAGAGACCGAGGAAGCUCCUCCACCUUGGAAAAGCGAGGAAGAUAAGAAAGAGAUUACCGAGAGCUUUUCACAAAGUAGCAUAUCCACUACGUCGCGCAUUGUUAACUCUCAUUCCGCUCCGUCUCAAGGCUUGAACACGUUAGCUUCUACACCUAGACUACCUAGGGCACAAAACCCAACAAUCACGCUUCUGCAAAAAGCAAGAGAGGGACAAUUGCCAAAGGGAGCAGCGUACAUCGAAGAAAAUGAGCCUUCUAAGGCCGAUCAUAUCGAUGAGAAACCUUUGAUUAGUCCAGGAGAAAUAAUCUACACCGUGAAGAAAGAGUACGAAAGUGAGCCGGAAUCGGAGAACGAACCGCCAAAAAAAAUGGUCGAUUUGGGUCCACGAAAGUUCGAAGGUAUCGGGCCGACUACUAAAGAGGGUAUUCCCCUCGUUCUAAGAUCGGAAGUCAAGGAGAACAAUCAGACUAAGUGGUACAAGAAAAUGUACGAUUCGCUUCAUCGUGCGGAUAGAGACGACGACUACGUAACCAUCCGUUACAAGUCCAGAAGAGGAGGAAGAUAUGGUUCGGGCAUUAGCAGUUCGGGAUAUUUGAGCGAGCCUGAACCUCGUGGUUAUUCUGAUCGAUCAGCUACUUUUGAUAGCCGUCGUCGGCUAAGAGGCAAAGAAAAUGACUUUUCUACCUCGACUAUGCCUAGAAAAAAUGGACCAUUGAAAUAUUCUUCGGACGUUUAUAAGAAUCAGCCAGGACGAAUCGAGGAUUACGAGCCAGGCCGUUCGUCGAUCGCUGAUAAGGAGGCAAAGGAAUGGUGGGACGAGGUCAUGGACAUAUUUGACGGGUGGCUGGACGAAAACGGAUGUCUUCAGGAGAGUUAUCCUAAGGGUCACGUUGGUGCUUGUGGACGUCAGGGUCAACGUGUGUUGAGCCUUUCCUACAGACCGGAGGCUGGUCAGAACCAGUUCGAUCAACGUAGUGCUCAAGCAGGAAAGCCUUACAUGUCCCAUGCUUUCAAAGAAUCAGGAUACGAAAGCGACUCGACGUUGGUAUUUCGACGACGAGAGGAUAUCAGUCCGCUCAGUCUUCUGGAACAAAGAUUGGCUUACAAAAGCGUGCAAAGUGGUGGUGACGUGCCUCUACAUGGUCUUCGUAAACCAGCUCCGGAACGACCAAAGGACGACUCCGAGAUCGAAUAUUUCCCGAUCUCACCAACCUUGACGAGGAUUCGCGUGCAUCGAAAGGGUCUCGCGACCUCAAGAAAGAACGGAUCGUCCUCGUCGAUGUUAUUCUCUCAAUACAAACGAUCGGCACCGUCGUUGGCGUCGACGAUCGUACAGAGUCCGAUCAUGAAAGCAGGAAGUUCGAAAUCAAAUGGCUAUCGAUCGAGUUCCUCUUUGAUUAAUAGAAACAUCGAUAAUUCUACUGCAUCAAAAAUAAAUUCUCGUGUUUCAACAUUCUCGAGGCCACCAUCACCGCCACGAAGAAAAUCUUCGAAGAACAACGAGACCUUGAAAAAUUAUUACAAAAACGGUAUUAUAGCGGACGGUCAUCAAUCAUCGAAUACCAGACACGCUCAGUGCUUCAAUCCGGAUAGAGUUUCGGAUAUAAGAUCGUUGAGAGAAAAAUUGUCUGGCAAUCUCGAGAAGCAUAGAAAGUCGCGAGAACGUCAGUGUUCAAAAAUCCUAGGUGUUAAUUCGUCGAGUCAAGCCUCGUGCAAAGGAAAAAAUUCUCAAAGCUUAUCGAAGAAUUUUGGAAGGAGUCCUGGAUGUGUUUUACCUUUACGUAGCCUUUCCGAAAGCAACGCGACGAGGAACGGUUCAUUGUCGUCGGAUAAAAUAAGAAAUCGAUUUUCUUCAUCCUCGAGUCCAUUGUCGGCUACGAAAUCUGUCUCGAUUAAAUCCGAGCUAUCCAAAACGAAACAGGGAACGUCUAUCGAUUCGAAAGAAAUUAUAUCACGAAUAGAAUCCUCUCAAAUUUCCAAAAAGGACAAUUCGAGAGCUCGUUUGACCAAAAGGGAACAGGAAGAAUCUUGUAAGAGAUUAAGUAGAUCGAACGCUGACAUUUCAUCAGUUACGGAAGGUAGUAAAAGAAAUUUGCAAAAGCAAAAGGAUACAAAAGGUAGAAUACCUACCUCAGAGAAUUUCGUAACGAGCUCAGCGACUUUGUAUUCCUCUCAUACGAUCACGGAUAAGGAAAAAGGUAUUGUAGAUAAGGCUCUUAAGGUUGUAGUAGCGAUAUCGUCAAAGGGUCAAGAACCUUGUAGAAAAACCGAGUCUCAAUUGUCAAAGAACGUAACGGCGAAGAUCGAUUCGAAGAGUUCUCUAUCGGCGCGUAAAUCUAUUCCCAUUGAAAUAAAAAAAUCUUCAAAGACUUGGAAGCAAUCUGAUCGUUCGUCUAAAAAAGAUAUUCCUAUAUCGAUCGUAGCCCCGCCGUCUACGGAAAUUAGUGAGAGUGUUAAGAAGAAAAGAUCCAAAGAGAAAGCUCGAGUGAUCGUUAGAACGCCCGAUCGUAAGGAAGAAACUACUGCACGAGUGAGUUCAGACAGAGAGGUCAAAAAGUUCGAUACGAAGAAGAAGUCAAAAAAAGACAAAGAAACUUUGAAAUCCAAAGGGAACGUUACUCCGAACAAAAGGAUGGAAAAGAAAGGUAAAAGAAUUUCGGAAAAGUCUUGUGAAAAAUCGGAAAUGAUCAAACGAAUGGACGGAGGUCCAAGUGUUCAUAGUCUGACUAUGACCGAGAUGAAGAAACAUCAGGACAACGCCGACACGUUUUUCCAACAUUUGUUUUUGAGAAACGUUUUCUCACCUACUUUGUCACAACGUCCUGAAGUCGCUUCGAAGAAAUCCUUUGUCUAUGAGCGUACCAAGAUGUUUCAAAGUAACGAGAGAAGGGCCAGCAAGUCCGAACCGUCUUUGAAGUCCUUGAGCGUUUAUUUGGCGCAUAAACGACCGGUUUCAAACUCCAGAUUCAAGAAUUUGGAUCGCGACAGCUUAUCAUCAAGAAGUUCAAGUCCGUGCGGCGUUAGCUGGCCAGGUCGUUCAAUCUUUCAGAAGGUCAGUAAAUUCGACAGUCUUUUACGGGUCGACGAGUUUGGUUCUUCAACGACUUUACGUGGCAGAAGUCCAGAUUUGACGCGGGAUGGUAUUAAAGAGAGAAGUCUUAGCGAGCCGCCCAUAAAAACGCUUUCAGAGAGAUCGAAAGACGAAACAUUAAGUUCUAAGAGAAGUUCUCGAACGUCUACGCCAUCUCCGAUCAGACCACCGACUCCUCGUAGAAGUCUGAUCUCGAAGGAGAAUCAAGAUCGUUUAAUAAAAAAAAAGUUUAGAGCUAGAAGCGCAGGCGAGGCCGAUGAUCUGCGAACGAAACUAUCAACACUUGGAUCGAACACCUCGAUCGCUAAAAGCAGUAGCUCUUUGUGUCCAUCCUCGAUCGAUCGGGACGAUUAUCAUCAAUACGUUCUCGAAUUGUUACAUUACAAGAGAAGAGGGGAGAAGUAUAAGGCCUUGCACGAUUUUUAUUCGAGUUUGGAAAGAAUAGGACAACUUGAAAGAACGACUUCGUCGGGUGAUCUUAGACCGAGAAUGAAGAACGAAGAGAUCAUAGAUUACGAACGGUGGAGGGAAAUCAGAUCGAAGGAAAAAGCGGAAUGCGAGCUGAGUUCGCUUUAUGGAAAGUUGAAGGCCGUGCAAAGGGACAAAGAUUUUCUAUUCAGUACGAAGGACGUGGAAAAAUUUAAAUGGCGCGGUGACUGCGGAUUAAGAUGUAAGGAACGUUCGGUCGAAAAUAUUCUACGUUAUUUCGAGAAACUAGAAAACGAGGAGAGCGAAUUGGAAUCGUCUAAGAGACGAGAUAUCGCUGCUAAGAAGGACGUGUACAAACCGUUAUGGCGUGGGAGUUCGGUGGUUAACGUAGCUAACACGAUGCAAAAGAAGGCCAGCGCAAAGCGUGACAUCGAGAAGAUAUCCGAUCGAGCGUCCUGGCAAAAAAAUCUCGGUUGUAGCAAAAAGUUUUGGAGUAGUUUAACGAUCGAACAAGUAACCGCUUUGAAGAAUCAGUUGAACGAUAUCUAUGGUAGCGAGGAAACAAAGUCACGAAUGUCGAGACGCGAUCGUGCUAUCGUUGAACCACCGAAAGAAGAUUUUCGUGGCAAGAAAGAUGACAGAUGUGAGAUCACAUCGAAGUACGAGAUCGUGGUCGACGAUUUUCAAGAGGACGGCAAGGGUCUUCACGUUCGAUGUCACUCUAUGAUCACUCCGGACGAGUCGACGAAUACUAUGAAAUUUUCUGGGUCAGAAACGACCUUAAAGAGGAGUGGCUCGAUCGGACGAGGAAGAAGGAGCUUUGAGAGAUCGACAUUAAAUGGUUCUUCCAUCGAAAAAUCCCUUAUGACGGAAUUUGAAAAGAAGAGACUGUCUUUGACACUUGGAAAGGAAGUUUUGGAUAAAGUUACCCGAAGGAGAUCGUCUUCGGCUCCAAUAGCACCUAGGGAAACUCGUGGUGCUAUCGCAGCGGCCAUGGCAAACAAGAAAACUUCGAACAUGAUCAAUGUUAGCAGUACACCUAAUUUAUCGUCCGCACCGAGCGUUACCAACACUUCACCCAGAACAUGUUAUUCCUUGGAAGUGUCUUACGAGGAUAGUACGAAAAAGGAAAAGAACGAUUUUUUAUUGGUUCUGGCACCGAACGAAGAUAUUGCGAAAGAAAAGGAAAAGGUGGAAAAUGUUUUUGAAGAAUGGUCGAAAAAGACACCUGUAGUAUCGUCUAUCGUUGACGUUGAUAAUAAUGAAUCUACGAAUAAGAUGAUUUCAACGACUUCGGGAAGCGAAAUGGAUAGUACGAGUUCAGAAACAUCUGUGAAAACGGUUAUCAAACGAAAUAUCGAAAUGGAAGACGUACCUAAGAAGAUCGAAUUCUUCGAAAGCAUCGAGGCGAAACAAAAGGAUAAAAAAGAUAAAGAGAGAUGUAAAAUUUCUAGAUUGUCCUCGUCUCAGAGUUUCGCCGAUCUGAAAGAACUGUUUGGUGAAUCGGAAAUGGCACGAUAUUCGACGAUACCAUUGUACAGAAGGAAAUCGGCGUCGUCGGAAAGGAUGUUGGACAAGUCAGGAGAUUUGGAAGAAUUUGGCGACUUUGAAUCGGAAUAUCGAACCGGUUCAAUCUCGCCGGAGGAGUUCGGUGAUUUUCAAAUAGAAAAAGAUAAAAGUCAAAUGAAGGAAAUUGAAAGUGUAGUAGAAAAGGAAACGAAGGAGAACGUUUCGAAGGUACGACUGAAGAAACAGGAAGGGAAGGUGUCACCGUCGAAAGAAUCGAUCGAUCAGGAUAAACAGUGUUGUUCGAUCGAGAGGAAGAAACGAGGCAAGAGCGGGCUUCCUGCGGAAGUAGACAUGCGACGGUCGCUUCAACGUUGUUCAUGGGAGCGUGAACGCGAUUCGAGACCACAAAGCAUCAGUCCAUGUCGGGCUACGACGCGUUCCAACUCGUCGUGCAGUGUCGACAGUAUAUUCCAACGUGGCUCUUCGCCGGAUCCGGAAAGGUAUUGGCGUGCGUAUUUGAAAUUGGUGAAGAACGGUACGGUCAGAAAAUUGCGAGAUAGGUUUGAGAGUAGUUUCGAGGAUUUACAUUCGUCGAGUAAGUUUCAUACGCGUCCGAAAAGAUUUCAAAGUGAUCCGGAAUUGGCUAGAAACGUUUUGAAGAAGAUAGAGCAAAGUAGGAAGACAUUGUUGAAACCGCAAGAAUAUUCCGAUGUCAGUUGGCUGCGUAAGAAAUACGAAUCUAAGAGAGGCAGGACGCGUCGAAGAGGCGAAUCACCACCGAUUCCACGGGUACCCCUGAGAUUGGACACUCUGUCGAUGCCACAUAUAGACGUUAUCAGUAAAAUGGCAGAGCUAAAGGAUUCCUCGGUUUCUACGAGCAAAUUAACGAAUUCCAUCGCGAGGAAAGCCGAAACCAAAGAACUCGCUGCUAGAAGACCGGUCGAGAGGAUAAUAAGAAAGUUCGAGGAUCCUGAGAAGAAGGGAAAAACAUCGAUCCUAGGCGAGAUGUUCACGUCCGCCCCCGAUGUUCGCGAGUUGAGGGACAUCACGCCUUAUCUUGCCGGAAGAUGGGUGGCUCAUAGGUAUCCAAGUAGAAGAGACAAUAUGCGUUCGUUGUCAUCGCCUCCAAAUCUUGAAAAUCGUAAUUAUGAGAACGGUGAAGUGAUCGCGAGUUCGUCGAAAGACUCGAAAGAAUCGAAUGAGAAAAGGAGAUUGGACGAGAGCCGUGAAAAUUUGUCUACGAAGAUCAUGACACGACCAUCGGCAUCGAUCUUGAAGCAGCACAAGGACAUUUUUGCGAAUCAAGAGUUCGAUCCUAGUAAACAUAGACCGAGAUUUAGAUAUCAACCUCCACCACCACCGCCCUCGCCGAUCGUUAAACGAGAAGCCAAGUUUUGGUUGCCACCAUUGCCAACUUACACUGCUCGGCCUACAGUCAGUUUCGAAGAAUACUCGAACGCACCCCCGCCGCCACCAAAGUCACAGCAUUGCAGAGACGAGCCCCAAGAAUCUCCGAGGCGCUAUGUGGAGGGCGAAGUAACGAUUCAUUAUCGUUCGCCAGUACGCACAGAAGCGAAGGAGCCCUUGAGCGAGGAAGAACUUGCAAGACGAAGCGCGGAAAACAUGCGACGGGUUUAUCAGGAAGAAAGACGUCGGAAAUAUCUUCAGGAAUUGCACGAUAUAGAUUCAAGAAGACAUACGGAUAAUUUCAUACCGUCGCAAAAAUCACCGAUUCCUUUAAAUCGCUACGACGACUUCGUGGAUGAUCUUAGCCACAGAAGCAGAUCCCAGGAGCAAACUCCGGAGCCACGAUUACUCGCAAGAGCUCUUUAUAAUUUCGUUGGACAAUCUUCUCGCGAAUUGACCUUCCGUCGUGGAGAUAUAAUCUUUGUUAGACGUCAGGUGGAUAAAAAUUGGUACGAGGGUGAACACAAUGCGAUGGUCGGUCUAUUUCCCUUCAACUACGUCGAGAUUUUACCUUACGAUGGAAUGAGAACUACACCGAAGAAACCGUACGAAGGACAGGCACGCGCAAAGUUCAACUUCGUGGCGCAGACCAAUCUGGAAUUAUCAUUGGCCAAGGGAGAACUGGUAGUUUUGACUAGAAGGGUCGAUGAAAAUUGGUACGAAGGACGAAUCGGUAAUAGAAAGGGAAUAUUCCCAAUUUCUUACGUCGAGGUUAUCACUGAGCCUGGACUUAGAUCAGAGACACCAGUACAAAGCAAGCCAAUCGCAUCUCCGGCAGCGCAUAGUCUUUUAGCCAAUGGAUCAGCUGGUGGGAAGAUGAGUAUGGGUCCUCACCAUUAUGUACCGUCUAUACCGGUUAAUAUGAACACAACACAGCCCCACUAUAAUUCACUGCCACGAAUGGGAGGAAGCAAGCUGCAGGUAUCUCAUAUCAACGAAACAUUACAUAUAGACACGCACUCUGAACCAGUACCAUAUCGAGCACUAUAUAACUAUAGACCACAAAACGAGGACGAAUUGGAGUUGAAGGAAGGCGACACUGUCUACGUAAUGGAAAAAUGUGACGAUGGGUGGUAUGUUGGCUCCAGCCAGAGAACUGGCUAUUUUGGCACCUUCCCAGGCAACUACGUCGAAAGAUUAUGAAUUUGAGUAACGAGAGGGAACAUCAAGAGUUUCUAAUAACCAAAGAACCGGCUACUACUAUGUUGUAUUAGAAAAUGAAAAUUUUUUCUUUUCUCUUUU